AUGCAUCAAAGUUUUGCCAGGGUUGCUCCAUUACAGUAUGCUGCAGCUUGCCCACUGCCACAGAAGAGCCUCGCGAUUGACUCUUGGUGCAAAGAGAAUAGCUACGUGAUAGCUGGAUAUUACCAGGCAAAUGAACGCGUGAAAGACGCCAGUCCAAACCAAGUUGCUGAAAAGGUGGCCUCCAGAAUUGCAGAAGGCUUUAAUGAUACAGCGCUCAUAAUGGUUGAUAACACCAAGUUUACGAUGGAGUGCAUAGAACCUGCCAUUCAUGUGUAUGAACUUCAUGAGAACAAGUGGAGGUGCAAAGACCCACACGUUGAUUUUUGUGAAGAUUGGUCCGAAGCUCAGAGAAUCGCUGCAUCUCUCUUGGACAGCAAGUCCUACGAGACGCUUGUAGAUUUCGAUAAUCACUUGGAUGAUAUCCGGAAUGACUGGACAAACCCAGAGAUCAACAAGGCUGUCCUCCACCUGUGUUAGAGAGACUUCUACUGACUAACUUAUGGGCAUUUCCACUAUGUACUGAAGAUACAAAAAUGAUAUUUUUGAAUGUAAAUAGAGUAAUAUUCAGUACCUUGUGUGGAAAGCCGACUGAUUAAAAAUAGAGUGGCAUGUCACAUUGCAAAGAGUGAUGUGUCCUUAAGCAGUCAAAUCUUUUUAAUGAGAUUCCAUGAAAGAGCUACAAACUGUCAGUUACAGCUGCCCCAGUGGAUGCAGUCCCAGUUGUAGUGAAUUUUGCUAUAACCUUCAAAACCAGAACUACUUCUGCUUCUCCCCUUUGUUCGUAUUAACAAGUUUUAACUAAGCUUUUGUAAUAUUUAGAGUAAUUUUUGAAGAUCUAUGAAGACAUCUUUCGAAAAGUCAAUCUUGUCCUCAGAUGAGGUAUUUUAAGGUCAAAUACAGAAACAAAAUCCAAGGUUAACUGGUCUUUGGGCCUCACUUGAAAAUGGUAUUGUAUCAGUGUAGUAAAAGGUGAACUGCUGAAGAUGAUGCACCAUGCUUAUGUGGUACCCAUUUUGCAGCAGUUUAGUAUGACUCAGCUACAGAUAAUGUGUUAAAGCAAUAUGCCUAAAUGCUGCAGUGAUUCCUGCUCUCCGUGGACGUACAACCACAGUUAUUGCCUGAAAAAGUUACAGCCAAGGUAAAAACAAAUACUCGCCUAUUGGUUUGUAAAAAGAACUGGAAGCACGUUAAUGAUUUUGAAUGAAACUUCCGAAAGAGUUUGACUACCAAGAGGAGAGUGAAAUACCAUAGUACUUUUAUGCAGUCUUUUUAAACAGAUCUAAUUUUCAGCAGAUUCAUAUGGUGUCCAUUUGUGCAGGCCUAAAACGUGUCUCUGAGUUGAAAGCAAAUGAUCCAAGUAUGUUGGAUCAAGGAGUGUAGAAACACUCUACUUAAGCUUCUGCCUAUCUUUCUAAUCAAUGUUGGUUUCUAAGAAUAAGUUUACUGGUCAAUGAGAAAGCUUUAUAGCAUCAUUUCCUUUUACACUAUUUUUAUAUGUGUUUUUUUUAAUCAGGUACACCAAAGGGCAGUGCAUCUUACCUGCUCUUUCUUUUCACUACAUUACUGUAACUACUUAACCUGGUGAAACUAAUGAACUUGGAAGAAUUAAUUUUAUAUCAUUCAACACUUUUUACCAGUAACGGUUUCAAGGGAAGGAAAAUGCUUUAGCUAAUCCACUGUUGUUGUAGCGUGUCCCCCACCGCUGUAAUGCAGGGAUGUGGGGAACGUCAGUCAGAUCUUUUGUGGAAUUUUCGAUGGAGAGGAGAAAAAAGGGUCGGACAGAUAGACAGCCUGCCCGCUCUGGUUACCUUGUGUCUGAUGCACGUGCCUGGGACAUCAGUCUGGGACUAGGUAUGCUCAGUUCUUAAUGAGUCCUGUUGUCUUGCUUCUAUUGGAUGUUUGUCAAAUUAACGUAGCCUCGACCUUUGACCGUUUCUCUAGGUUUCUUACUCCUACCCAAAAAUCUUUUUACAGUGAAGAUCCAUAUGUCCACCGAAUGAUCCACCUGUCUCCAAGUUCCUACUUUUUUCUUAGUGUCCUUAUUUUAAAAAAUGAGGGAUAGGAUUGUCGAAACUUCUUGGUCUACCUCCGCUUCUAUUUAAAUAAGCACAAAUUUUACUCUUGACCUUAGUGAGAGACAGGAUAAGGCUAAAAUCGUAUUGUGAAAUAGCAAAUAGAACGAGAUGUUCAGUUCAGCCCGGUUUGGCACUAACUGCAGUUCACAUUCAACACAACCAUUAUGUCUGAGGUUUGGUUCCCUGUCCAAGGAAGAGAGAGAUAAUGGUUUGAACUGAAUGGUUCUGUUUGACUCCCUGCUAUACAGUAAUAAGGUAUGAUGGGGAUUACAAAAGGGACUGGCCCUCCUGUUCUAAAGGAAGACAAUACAAAUAGCCUUUCUUAAGCAUGAGUCAGGUACACUUGCAGGAAAGGAAAAUGUUUUCACUUGUUGAAUGAAAACUCGCAUCUAGCUCACAAGCAGUGAGAUAAACAUAUUUCAGAGUCUGUUUUGCUACGCAUCCGUAAAAUUUCCUAGGAACAGCGAUGUUCUGGCAGCGUAUGUUCAGAGUAAAGUCUACAAAUCACACGUAUUGCAGGAAGACGACUGUUGUCUUACUUUGUACCAACAUCUCAUGAAGUCUAAUCUGUUGUUUCCAGAGACAGAUGUUAUCUUAGCAAGACAUGUUGCAUUAGUUAUGUGAGGUUAUUAACCAACACUGAAAUAUAAGCUGGUAUGUCUUCUGAGCCACAGGAAAUGUAUUUCUCAUUCUCUGUAACUAGAUGUCAUAUAAUCAAGCUUUGAUCGUAUAUAUGUUAAUACAGUCUAAUCUGUCCUUGCACAUACCACCCCCCUUUCCCUCUUAAGGCUUACUAAAAUGAUAAAUGAUUUGGAGAGAACAAUUUUUUUAAAUUAAAAAAUAAAAUUAAGGCAAAGCACAA